GAUCUGGUCACUACUGCCUCUGGCCUGGACCCUAGUGGUGGACAAGGACACCACCAAGCUGGCGGCAGCAGCAGUGGUGGAGGCGACGCCGGAGGUGGUAGUUUCGAGAGCGAUGCCCGAGGUGGCAAAGAUGAUGGAGGCGAUGGAGGUGACGCCGGAGGUGGUGAAGGCGGCGACGCCGGAGGUGGUGGAGGUGAAGGCGGCAGCGAUGGAGGUGGUAGAGGUGACGGCGCGCAGCCUUUAGUAAGAAGACCUGUGAAUCUAUACCAAAAUCAGCUUGGUGAAGAUGUCUUCGUUGCGAUAUUUUAUCCCAAAGAGUACGCUAAUUUAUGGGCGUUUCUUCCAGCAAUACGAGUGCGGGAAUGGCGGCCGUUGGACCAGAUUUGGUACAUUUACCGGGACAGUGCUACCAGAGCUCUGAGGCUAAUAGAUGGGACUGCCGACCUCUCCCUUCUUGGCUGGUCAACGAUCCGGGCUGGUUUGACCAAGAUUGUGCUAUCCUUACGCGUCCACGGGACGAUUUCCGUAAAAAUAAGGGCAAGAGUAAGAGUUGUUGAGGAGGGGGCUGAGCAGCAGGCUGAGGAGGAGGCUGAGCAGGAUCUUGAUGGGCCAGUCCGCUACCAUAUCCACCGGGAGGAGGUAACCACCUUGGAACGGUUCAAGAUACUAAUAUUUUGGUCUCCAGUUUAUACAGCAUUUUAG